AAUAGCAGCCAGCGGUCCCCAGCAGGCAGGGACCAGCAGCUCGGCUCCACCAGAGACCAGCACCAUGAAGCUUUUCACCAGCCUCGUGUUCUGUUCCUUGGCCCUGGGAGUCAGCAGCGAGGGCUGGUUUGACUUCAUUGGCCAGGCUUAUGACGGAGCCAAAGAUAUGCGGAAAGCCUACUCUGACAUGAGAGAAGCCAAUUACAAAAACUCAGACAAAUACUUCCAUGCCCGGGGUAACUAUGACGCUGCCCAAAGGGGACCUGGCGGAGCCUGGGCUGCUGAAAAGAUCAGUAAUGCCAGAGAGGCUUAUCCGAGAGUCGGUGACCUUUUUAAGCAUGGAGACAGCGGCCAUGGAUUGGCAGACUCACUGGCCGACCAGGAAGCCAACAGAUGGGGCCGGAGUGGCCAAGACCCCAAUCGCUACAGACCUCCAGGCCUGCCCGACAAGUACUGAGCUCCUUCUCUCUGCUCUCGGAGACGGGGCUGUGAGCCCCCUAAGGGCAGGGACUCUGAGUCAUUGAGAUCUACAUCCCCAGAUGCUAACUGAGGGCACAUGAUAUCUGUCUA